AAGAUUACUAGGUUUUCAUAACGAUGCACGAAUAAGUAAUGUACGUAACGUCCCGACUCCCGACCACAUGACUCCUCGCGAGUCCGCGGGAUGCCCUGGGAUGCCGCAUCGAAUCCAUAGAUGUGUUUAUAAGAUCAUCACGAUAUGUUCCUGCAGCCUGUUACCUUUAUUAUUGGCCCUUGUCUUCCAAACCAUCGUAUAGAGCAAUCGGGCCAGUGACACUGGAGGUAGGCAAGAAAUAGUAGAAGAUAUGGCCGCGAAUGUCCAAGAUGUUAUCAUGCUCGUCGGUGACUCCCUCACUCAACGUGGAUGGGAACAAGGAGGCUUCGCGCAGUUACUUUCGGAAAGAUACGUUCGGAAGCUCGACGUUAUCAACCGCGGUCUCGGGGGCUAUCAAACGGACUGGGCGAUUCCAGUUUGUGAGCAGAUCUUCGCCAAGCAGCAUGAGCAGCAUCAUGUCCCGCAGGUUAAGUUACUCACAAUAUGGUACGGCGCCAACGACGCUGCGCCUGCUCCCAGCCCACAACACGUCCCGAGAGACAGAUACAAAGAGAAUCUAAGCCAUCUUAUUCAAAUGGUGAAAUCGCCGACGUCAGCGUACUACUCCCCCGAGACCCGCAUAAUCUUGAUCACCCCGCCACCGGUAAAUACGAAGCAAUGGGAUAUCCCUGAAAGUCCACGCGUAUUCGAGACCACGAGGUUGUACGCGGAGGCUGUCAAGGAAGUGGGUGAGAAAGAGAAUGUGCCCGUCGCGGACAUCUGGACGCCGAUGUUCGACGGCGCUGGACGAAGUGAGGAGGGAUGCGAAAAAUACCUGAACGAUGGGCUGCAUCUAAACAGUGAUGGUUACAAUGUACGCGCAAACUUGAAUUCUGAUCUGCAAGCUUGCUCACCUUCAAGGUCAAAGAUCGUCUUCAAGGCCAUCGUCGACAUUGUAGAGCGCGUAUACCCCGAAUUGGACCCCACUGAAGAACAUGGUGUGAGGAUGCAAAGUGUGUUUGUACCGUGCGUCUUCUUUGAAUUUAUUUCUGCUUCCAAGGACGCUGAUGCGUUCAUGCGCAGUUGGAACGAAGUGAAUGUACAGAAUCCAAGACCGUCUCUGGUAAAGCGGAAAACGCAACUCUAGUCCCUGUAUAUAUGGUUACUGAGGAUGCGGACGUAUCGUUAACUUUUCUCAUAACUGUGCCGCAGCACUGCGACUGUGUUCAUCCGUGUAUCUUAAGUAGAGGGAGGACUGGGAACUGCGGGUGUAACCUGACGAGGAGCAGGUGAC